AUGGCUUCCAACUCAAUGAGCAGUACUUCCCGGAGCUCUAACUCAUCAUGGACAGCUAAACAAGACAAGAAAUUCGAAGUGGCGUUGGCUACAUACGACAAGGACACUCCUGACCGUUGGCAAAACAUUGCAAGAGCCGUUGGUGGAAAAUCGGCCGAAGAGGUGAAACGACACUAUGAAUUGCUCAUUCGAGAUGUCAAUGACAUUGAAUCAGGACGUUAUCCACAAGCUAGGUACCAUAACACUAAUUAA